AUGGAGUUCGACCACUCCCUUGACCGGGAGCGGGAGGACCUGGUAGAGGAAUGGACGAAACUCCUGAACACCUGCAGAACCAGCAUUCGCUCGUUGGCCGACGAGCACAGGGGCGAGCCAGGAUGUCUCCUUAUCUCACAGCACUGGGGGUCCAACAACGUCGGCGUCCGCCUGCACUGGGAGGACGGGCGCGAGGACUGGCUCAUCCGCUUCUGUAUCCCGACAAGGUGCAACCUGUCCGAAGGGAAGGUCGUGGCCGAAGUCGAUACGCUGAAGCUGCUCGCGGAGAAGACCGAGAUCCCGGUUCCGAAGGUCAUCGCGUACGGGCGUGCGUCGGAGAAUCCGACGGGAUUGGGCGCGUUUAUAAUCAUGACCUGGGUAGAGGGGACGAGGAUGUCGGACUUGAUAGGGAAACGGGUGCCCGUGGGGGAAGAUAUGUACGAGACCAUCCUAGAUCCUAAUGUCGACAAACAGCUCCUUCGAAAGCUCUACGACGAGAUUGCAGAAGUCAUUCUUCAGCUAUGGGCGGUAAACUUUGAUAGAAUCGGUACCGUAAGCUGGGACAUGGACACGGAGGAAUUUGAUACCCUUACGCCGGCUUUUACGACAUGCAUCAAUGACAUGAUGGUAUAUGGCAGGGUCCUCGCAGAUGAUCUCUACACUGAUUCUUUCAAGUCGGCGCUCGAUUUCUUCUCAAACACAGCAGGCCAAUACGUCACCCAUCUUAUGCGGCAGCGCAACGCUGUUUAUAAUUCUCGAGACUGCCGCGAGAAAUAUGUCUGCCGCACUCUCUUCCAUUCUACGGUUCCGUACUUCACCUACGACAUAGAUAUCAACGGGCCAUUCAAGCUAUUUUGCGACGGUUUUCACCCCCGCAACAUCUUCGUCGACCCAGAAACCCUCAAAAUCACCGGGAUAAUCGACUGGGAGUUCACAUACGCGGCUCCUCCCCAGUUUCUAGGAAGCGCUCCGGAAUGGCUGCUGCUGAAGAACCCCUGCGACUGGGCCGACGACCACGGGCUAUCUUCAUUUCUAAAAACCUACCUCCCCAAGCUCGACCUAUUCAUCGAAUCCAUCGAGAAGCUAGAGCGCCAGCGGAACAUGCCCAUUGGAAACCGCGAAUCCCUCUCUACGCGCAUGCGCGCCUCGAUGGAUGAGCAGACGUUCUGGUUCAACAUCGCCAUACGCAACCCCUUCAGCCUUGACUCCAUCUACUGGACCGUGCUAGAUAACUGUGCCUUCGGACCGUCGUCGAAGACGGAGAGGGUCGCGCGGACAGCGAGCCAGGGAGGUCUGUACGAAGGCCUGGAGAGCGUUGUGGAGCUUAAGAUAAUGCAGCUCGAGGCUUAUAAUGAGGACCUUGGCCUUGAACCGGUCGGAUACGAGGAGCGACAAGAGGAUGAGAAGGAGGAAUUCUGGUUGGAGUCUUCUGCGCGUUCCGGGAGCGCGCUGCUACCUGACAUUCCAGAGUUGGGAAAGGUGGUGCUGGCGUUGGUUGCAGUGACUGCGGCUUUUAUGCUGCAUCGGCGGUUGGCGCUGGUAUGGAAAUGA